CACACCCCCACCACUAUCGGCUGAGCUGCUGGACCUGAUGCCCAGCUGGGAUGUUGGCGGUAGGAACGAACGUUGAUAUUCAGCGGACUGAUGGCAGGGUCCACUCAGCCAUUAUCAGCGGAAUUAAUAACAGCACCAAGAGUGUUACGGUUGAAUGGUAUGAAAAAGGUGAAGCGAAAGGGAAAGAGAUUGAACUAGAAGCGAUCUAUCAUUUGAACCCUAAUUUGCGAAGACCUACGCCACCAACUGAUAAUGUUGGUGGAACAGGGGAAUCAAACAAAACACACCUCUCAAAAGAAGCUUCAGUACAACGUUCCGCGCUUCCUUCCACUGCUCAUGGUCCUCCCAGCGAUAGCCGGCCUGUAUCAGCAGUCACCAACCUCCAACAACAUCCUCAGUCUAAGUGUGAGGUACCAACUGCACCUCCUCCCUCCCGUUUGGUUCCCCCGGGCAACCGUGCUCCGGCACCUUCACGCCCGGGUACCGUGUACGUAUCCAACAGGCCUACGCUAGGUAGUGGUACUCAGGACGACCGAGUGAAUCAGACCCGCAUCGCUCCUGGGCCUAAUACGAGUGUAGCGGUCAAUCAGACUAUCCUUGACGCACCAUUGUUGCGACCACAGGAUGGACUUGGGUAUAGUAACAAUUCACAUUACCAACGUUUGCGUAAGGAGAUGCCCAUACAAAUGGACGUCGACUCUUCCGACCACAGCGUCCAUGGUGGUUUGGGAAACGAUUCCGUGACUGAUGGAUUGAAUCACCUGGCCGACCUCGCACGGGACCCUGAGACCGGUGGCUUGUAUACUGAAUGGAUGGAACAAGAUAGUGCUGAAGUCGCAGAUGAAGAAUCCCUAGCAAUAGGAAUCAACUCACGUCCUUCAGCCAAUGAUCCCCAGAGACGCCCGAUGGCUCGUCUGAAUACAGUUGCACAAAAUUCAGCUCCUACCAAUUCGGCUACCACAAACACUGGUGCCUCUGUACCUCGAAAAUCCAAUUGUGUGAAAGAAAUCGAGCGGAUUCAGCAGCGACGCGAAGAAAGGCGAGCUGCUCAGCGGGCGUUUCGUGACCAAAUUGAUCUCGAUCCGAGCAAUCCAAACUAUGAAUUCCAUAUGAUGAUCAAUGAAUAUCGCAGUUCGUUGGAUUACCGACCUUUGACGAAUGCUGAUCCGAUUGAGGAUCAUCAGAUUUGUGUUUGUGUACGCAAACGACCGAUGAACAAGAAAGAGGCUGGGCGCAAAGAGAUCGAUGUUAUCACCGUGCCCAAUAAGCAGUCGGUUGUCGUCCAUGAGCCCAAAACCAAGGUGGAUCUGACCAAGUACUUGGAGAACCAACAAUUUCGAUUCGAUUAUGCAUUUGAUGACACAUCGGACAACGAGUUGGUCUACCGGUAUACGGCGAAACCUCUUGUCGAAUGCAUUUUCGAGCGUGGUAUGGCAACUUGUUUUGCCUAUGGACAAACCGGUUCAGGAAAGACACACACAAUGGGUGGCGAGUUUCACGCACGAGGACAGCAAAACUGUACUAAUGGAAUCUAUGCUUUGGCCGCUUCGGAUGUGUUCGCUUUGAAUUCCACGAAGUACCGGCAUGAGCGACUGCGUGUUGAGUCGGCUUUCUUCGAGAUAUACAGUGGUAAAGUUUUCGACCUUCUCAAUAAGAAGAACAAACUUCGCGUACUGGAAGAUGCCAAAGGCCAGGUUCAGGUCGUCGGUUUACGUGAGGAACCAGUUACCUGCGUCGAUGAUGUGCUGCGGCUUUUACAACACGGUCAACACAUAAGAACAAGCGGACAAACUUCGGCCAAUCAACAUUCUAGUCGAUCGCAUGCUGUUUUCCAGUUGAUUCUGAAACGCGAAGGAAGUAACAAAAUUCAUGGGAAAUUUUCUCUAAUCGACUUAGCAGGUAACGAAAGGGGAGUGGACACAAGCAGUUCAGACCGUCAUACGCGGAUGGAGGGUGCAGAAAUCAACAAGAGUUUGUUGGCGCUGAAGGAAUGCAUUCGUGCCCUUGGGCGUAAAGGGGCUCAUCUGCCGUUUCGUGCCAGUAAAUUAACCCAGGUCCUUCGAGAUUCGUUUAUUGGCGAUCGGUCAAGAACUUGCAUGAUUGCAAUGAUAUCCCCGGGCAUGGCGAGUUGUGAACAUACACUGAACACGCUGCGGUACGCUGACCGUGUGAAAGAACUCGGCCCCGGUGGUAUCACCUCUGCGAACAGUAAUGUUGACCUGGUGCCUUUGUCGGCCCGCAAUGGAACUGCAGUGACGCGACCUAUUGCAGCGAACACUGGAGGUUAUGGUGACGUGAAUGGUCACUCUUUGCUCAAUUCCACUCUGCGCGCCCCAGCCAUUAGUGCUGCAUCAAACACUAAUUGGAAUCCUGGUCAACCGGCUCUCCAGUCUCUACGUAGCGGUCUUCUGGAAGAUGACGAUCUAGCCAUGCUCCGAUCGGCCAACGACGGGGAGGUUACCGAUGAUCUGCUAACAUUCCAGGAAGUCGUCACUCAGAUCGAGCGAAUGGAAGAGGAGGUUUGUGAUGAUCAUAAGGCUCUAUGUACGUCUAUGACCGAUUGGACCAAAGAACACUUUCGACUGUACAAAGAAUCAAAUCAAGUGGAAUUCAACGUUGAAGACUACAGUAAUCGGUUGGAACGGCUCCUUACAGAUCAGCUGAAUGCCAUCACUGCUCUCAAAGAAAAAGUUUCUGUGUGGCGGCGAGAAUUACGCCAAGAAGAGGAAUUGAGCACCAAGUUACAACGCGGAGUCCGACUGUAAUGGAUUUGCCUCUGUCCUUUCUCCUACGACUUCGUCUCCACCGUGUUGGGAUUCGAGGCUUAACGCAAAUAGUUCACACCGGUGUCUUCUCUCCAUCCCCAGUUCAUAAACUCAGACCAAUAACUUCGCAGUCCGCCGGCUCACUCACGGCUCUUCAAACUACGUACCAAUCCUAAACACAGCUCACUUAGUAUACCAAGUACAACACUCGUCUCCCUGCAUUUUUUCAUCAGAUUCCCCGCAAUUUUCGCUCCAAUCCGCCGCGUUCUACUCUUGCUUCGUGCUGUCUGCGGAUGAAUGUCUCUGUGAUGCAUAAUGUUCCGAGAAACUCAUCACGUAACUGCUCUGUCCUCCAAGGUCCUAAUCAUUCCAUGUCAUUGUGUAGGUAAGCUUCUUGGUGUGCAGUGGGCUGCUUCUGUUGCUUCCUGAGGCUAUUCCGUUUCUUUCUGGUCUUGACCAUGCUAUGCAAACACAAGUUUCAGACAAUCUGUUUACAGCCAUCGUGGGCAUCUACAUACCGCCACAUUGGAAUCCGUUCCUCUGUCACUCAAGCCACAGCCAUUCAGUCUUCUUGUGGUAUGGUUUUUAUCGCGUUUCAUAGUUUCAAAAUGCAGAUAGUUGUGGUCUUUCUUCAAGUACUUACUUCCUGUCGGCCAGUGACGCGUACGUUUAUUUGGGUGUAUCUACGCAUUUGUACGUGUGUGCUUCUGGGCAAACUAACCUCGGAUCCAGUCGCUAAUGUGCUAUUGUUCUCUUUGUGUGAGUUAUGUGGUCUCUGUCAGACAUUAAUAAAUGGAGCUAAUCAACCGCAU